AUGGACCUGGAUCUCGAUGCCCCAGCCAAGACCCUCACCCUCCAGGACCUCAAACUCCUGGGCCAGGGCCGCAACGGGGAGGUGUACGACGGGGGCGUGGUGAGCUCCCCCCGGGACCUGGCACGGGGCCUGGGCACCUCCCCGCACAGCGGCCUCGCCGAGGACGAGGCCGGUCUGACCGCCCGUGCCGAGCGCUACGGCUCCAAUGCCUUCCCCGAGCAGGCCAGCGUGUCUUUUUUUGAGCUGGCAGUGGAGGCCCUGCAGGACUUCACCGUGCUGACGCUGAUCGGCGCCGGCACCAUCUCCCUGGCCCUCUCCCUGCUGGUCUCCGGCUCCACCGCCCCCGGCGCCGAGCCCGGAGGCGGGUCCUUUGUGGAGGGCGCCAGCAUCCUGGCCUCCGUCGCGGUGGUGGUGGCGGUGGGCGCGGGGAACAACUGGCAGAAGGAGCGCCAGUUCCGCGCGCUGCAGGCGCUGCAACGCGACGAGACGGUGCGCUGCGUGCGCUGCGGCGCGGAGCGCGCGCUGGGCGUCCAGCGCCUUCUCCCCGGCGAUCUGCUGCUGGUGUCCGCCGGCGACAUCCUGCCCGUGGACGGCGUGCUGGUGGGCGGCAACGAUCUACGACUGGACCAGUCCGCGCUGACGGGGGAGGCAGGCGAGGUGCUGCGCGACCCCGAGCACGCGCCGUUCCUGCUUUCCGGCAGCAGGGUGGUGCGCGGAUCGGGGCGCAUGCUAGUCACCGCGGUGGGCGGCCAGUCCGCCUCGGGCGCCAUCGCGCGCGCCGUCAUGCAGCGCAAGGGUGGCGGCGGCGGGGGCGACGGCGGCGAGCUCAGGGAGCCGACGCAGCUACAGCAGAAGCUGGAGGUGUACGCGACCACCAUCGGGAAGUUUGGCAUCGCGGCGGCCCUGCUCUCCACCUCCGCGCUCAUCGCCCGCUUCAGUUGGAUGACUUUCGUGGUGGAGGCCAAACCCUGGGACUGGGUCUAUGCGCAGGACAUCCUGGACGCCCUCAUCAUUGGCAUCACCAUCCUGGUGGUGGCCGUGCCCGAGGGCCUCCCGCUUGCGGUCACGCUGUCGCUGGCGUAUUCCGUGAAGCAGAUGCUGGCAGACCAUAACCUGGUGCGGCAGCUGCAGGCAUCGGAGACCAUGGGCACCGCCACCGUCAUCUGCUCCGAUAAGACGGGCACCCUCACCCAGAACGACAUGACGCUGACGGGGCUGUGGAUGGGGGGCCGGGAGGUGGGCUCCCUGGUGGAGGUGCACACGCUGCCAACCAAGUCUCGGCCAGAGCAGGAGCUGCAGCCGCCGGGGCCCGUGCUGGAGACGCUGCUGGAAAGCUUGGAGGAUCACAGCGUGCUGCAGCAGAGUGGAUCCAGCACGGAGCUGGCACUGAUGCGACUGGCGCUGCAGGCCGGGGCGGACCCGGACGCGGCGCGGCGCGCCAACAGGGUGCUCGCGCGCGUGCCCUUUACCUACACCCGGAAGCGGAGCCUGGUGGUGGUACCGCUGCGUGCAUAUACCAAGGGCGCCCCAGAAAUCGUGAUCGGUCUUUGCAAGUGGCAGCUGGCCCCAGAUGGGAGCCAGGAGCCGCUGGACCCGCACCGCCUCCAGGGGUUCCUGGACCGAUGCCAGCACUCGGGCCAAAGGAUGGUUGCCCUGGGCUUCAGGGACGUCUCCGUGCCCUCCCACACCCUCACGCGUCUGCGGUAUGCCAGCGCAGCUGGCAGCGGUUCCGCCAGCUCCAGCGGCGACGAGGAGGACUGGCGCCUGGACAUGGCUGUUGCCGAGGAUCUGGAGCAGGACAUGGUCCUGUUGGGCGUUUGUGCCAUAGAAGACCCCCUGCGCCCCGAGGUGCCGGGCGCCAUUGCAGCUGCGGCCAGGGCCGGCAUCUCCGUGAAGAUGCUCACUGGUGACAACGUGGCCACAGCCGCCGCCAUUGCUCGCCAGGCUGGCAUCCUCCCGCGAGACGCGCCCGCCACCCACGGGCUUCAUGUCGUUGGGGUUCGAGAAUUUGAGACCGAGCCGGCGGCUGCAGGAGGGACUACGGCCCUCCUCCCCGACACGGUCAUGGAGGGCGAGGAGUUUAGGUCCCGCAUCCUCAGCCCCUCUGGAGCCAUCAUCGAGGACGAAUUUCUGAAGAUCUGGCCCCGGCUCCGGGUGCUGGCGCGGUGCACCCCCGCCGACAAGCACGCCAUCGUGAUGGGCGUGCGCCAGUUCACCGAUGACAUCGUGGCUGUCACCGGGGACGGGACCAACGACGCCCCCGCCCUCCGUGCCGCGCACGUCGGCUUUGCCAUGAACCAGGGCACCAGCAUCGCCAAGGAGGCCGCCGACAUCGUGCUGCUGGACAACAACUUCGCCUCCAUCAUCUCGGCCGCGCUGUGGGGCCGCAAUGUGUAUGCCAGCGUCACCCGUUUCCUGCAGUUUCAGCUGACCACCAAUGUCGUCGCUGUGGUCACCGCUGUGGCUGGCUCCUUGGCCACCGCGCGAUCUCCGGUGACUGCCGUCCAGAUGCUGUGGGUCAAUCUGCUCAUGGACUCGCUGGCAGGGCUGGCCCUGGCCACCGAGCCGCCCUCCCCCAAACUCCUGGACCUGAAGCCUUUCGACAAGGACCACCAGUUCUUGGCCCCCGGCUCGACCUCGCUCCGGAAUGUGGUGGGUCAGUCCACGUUCCAGCUCUGUGUCAUGGCCCUGCUCGUCUUUGCAGCCCCUGGGCUCCUGGGCAUUGACCCCGGGAACAGCUACCCGGCCCACACCCCAUCCACCCACUACACCAUAGUUUUCAACUCCUUUGUCUGGAUGCAGCUCUUCAACCAGUUCAACAGUCGAAUGACCCUGAAUUCAUCCAGGCUGUGGGACGGCCUGAGCAAGGCCCGGCUCUUCUGCAUCAUCCUGGCCACGGAGGCCGUUCUCCAAUUUGGGGGCCAAGUCUUCCAGACCCAGCCCCUGGAGCCCAAGUACUGGGCCAUGAGCCUCGGCAUCGGCGCCCUCUCGCUGUUGGUGCACGAGGCGCUGAGGACGGAGGAGAGCGAGGGCCAGUAG